AUGACGACCGGCGUCUUCAAAUACAUCGACCCAUCCUCCUACGAUGCUAAUGCCACCGAGCCAUUCAAAAAGCCAUGGGGCAAGGUGGAUGGGCCAGGGUCUUCCUAUAAACUCCUAGACACGUCUCGAUCUGUCGAGAAUUUGCGCGGUCAAGAGAGUCAGUUUUCCACCGACAACAGCGGAUUCGCAGUCUACACUAGUCCCGCGGAAGAGAAACAAUUUACGGACACGUCCGUGGUAACGACGAAAUACUACGCCGAGGUUGAGAAGCUCCUCCGCGCCAAACUCCCAGGGAUCAAGAAAGUCGUCAUCUUCGACCACACGAUCCGGCGACGAGAACAGGGAUCCCCGCGCGCCCCGGUACAGCUCGUGCACGUAGACCAAACGCCGAAGGCAGCCGAAGUGCGCGUGCGUCGCCACCUCCCCUUCGACGAGGCCGAGGAUCUGUUGAAGGGACGCUACCAAAUCAUCAACGUCUGGCGACCCAUUCAGAACCCAGCGUCUGAUUUCCCGCUGGCGGUCAUCGAUUGGCGAUCCUCGGAUGUGUCCGAUUUCGUGAAAGUCGAUCUCCUCUACCCUGACGAGACCGCAGACGCAGCAGCGGGAGAGGAACGAGCCCAGAAGCCGGACUCUGGGGACUCGACCGAGGGGUACACGGUGAAGGGAGAGACGUAUUCGAUCGCUCCGAAUGAGAAACAUCGCUUCUAUUAUAUGAAGGAUAUGACUCCUGAAGAGGUCAUGUUCAUCAAAUGUUUCGACUCGAGGAGCAGUCUCAUGACUGAGGGGAAGACGGAUAUUGCUCAUGGUGCGGCUCAUACGGCGUUUGUGGAUCCGCAGACACCGGAGGAUGCGCCGCCGAGACAGAGUAUCGAGGUCAGAUGUUUGGUUUUCUAUGAGUAG